UAUGACGGGGAAUUUUUCGCCAAUAACUUGGAGACAAAGAUGGCAGAUCGCAUGAAGCGGGGAAAGCUUCCACGGAGGAUACGCUAUCUUGAGUAUUGUCAUUGGGCGCACUCUCUCAUGGUAGGUUGGAAGGACGGACACUUACUCUGUAAGGGGAAUGUAAAACGUCUUAUGAAUUCUUAGCGGAAAGCCUUUGUAGCUUGUAAACAGAUAAACAUUUCUGGCGCAGGCUAAUGAUUCAAUAUAUUUAUUGUACAGGUCUAAGCAAAACAGAAAAUCCUUUUUCAUUGUUUUACCACAGUUCUAAUGACUUAUUUUGAUUUAUCUAGCGUAAAGAAAUUGGCCCAAGCGAUGCUCAAUUUAGCUUCCCGAGCACAGUGCUAAGCUUCAUUAGGGCGCUUGUCCCUGGUGACGUGGUGGGGGAGAUUCGAGAGGUAAGAAUACAUAAGAAACAUAGUUUAGUUAUAACUGCAGCAUUUAAUAUUUAUUUUUAUAUUCCAGGAUGCUUUUCAAGUCAGCAUGAAAGACUUCUGUACUGCCUUGGAACUACCUACAGCUCAAGAAUAG